UUUUUUUUCUCCCCCGAAAAAAAUCAUGGAAUCUAGCCAAGCCAUUAUUUCACUCAACAGGCUUAACCAAACACCUUCUCGCCAAUCCAUGCCUAACGCAGGCCCAGCUGAGUUCACUCGAAGAAAAAACUGGUCUCAGAACAUACUUGAAGAACUACGUGAUGUCAUUCAUGUCUUGUCUUCUGAUCUCAACAUUCUCUACUGUUCUCCUGCUUCGCGUGAAUUCUUAGGCUAUCAACCGAAUGAGUUAAUGGGUCGCAGUUUUACUGAAUUUGUUCAUGUAGACGACGUGGAUGUAUUUGCUCGAGAAUUUCGUACUUCUCAAAACAAUGGAUCCGUCAUGAGAGUCACUUAUCGUUUUCUUCGAAAAGACGGUAAGCACACAACAUUAGAAACAAGGGGCCAUUUCUUUAAGCAAGGAUUUUUUGGUUCUGCUCGAAGUGUGCCUGCUGAAACGACUCGAAUGAUGGAUACUUUUCUUGACUAUAAGAUGGAAAAUGAAAUGUUGAAGCGUAAAGUCGCUAUUGCUAAAGCCAAGGCCAAUCAAACCAAAAACAAGAAACAACAUAUUCCUUCUCCUCAAAGUAGUACAGUGUCCAGUGUUCCUAGUGACGAUUUCCUUCAACAGCAACAAGAGAAUGACGAUGAUGAUUUUGAAGACGAAUUUGAAGACUUGUUUUCUAGUACAUCGAAUGCUUAUGGCUCUAAUGUGUAUACACAGGGUGUAUUGAAUUCUUAUGAUCUCUCUGAAUCUGUCUCUCUCUUGACGGGUCUUCAUUUUGAUUUGGGUGAACGUUCGCGUGGUAUUUCGAUGGGUGUAGAAGGUGAAUUGUUCAAUGCUUUUCCUUCUGCUAUUGGUGACCCUGCUUCCAGUAUGGAUGAUAAAUUCAAGACGGGCAAAAAAAGACGUAAUGAUGAUGAUAUCGAACGUAUCUGCACAGAUUGUGGCAGAACAGAUGCCCCUGAGUGGCGAAAAGGUCCCAAGGGGCCCAAGACACUAUGUAAUGCAUGUGGAUUGCGCUGGGCCAAAAACAACAAGACUCAAGCAGAUGAUAUGCAGUCUUAAAGAAGGGGGGGGGAGGCUCUUUAUUUAUUGCCUGUAAUCAUUCUAAUAAAAUAAAAAUGAACAUCCUUUAUUAUAAACUUAUACACUUACUUUCCAGUACCCACAGUAACACCCAAGAGACCAACACCAAGACCAGCAAAGACAACAGAGACAAUCAACUUGUCUCUUUUGCCACGGAUCCAAAGGGGGAGUUGAGAAGGGGCUUGAAAAUAUCUUUGAUUGGCAAGUACGUUAUUAGGACGGUUCACAAGCAUGUUUAAAAGAAACAAGAGAAAAGA